CGUUGUAGAGCUCAGCGUGCGAAGACAACAUUUCGCGCGUGUGGCUUUUAGGGUUUCUCAGAGCGCUCACUAUAUAUUACACUGAAACCCUAGCUUUCCCAGAGAUUGUAGAGAGAGAAGCGAAGGGAAGCAGGAGAUUGUUUUAGAGAGAGAAAGAUGCCUGCUGGUCAUGGUGUUCGUUCUCGCACCAGGGAUCUCUUCGCAAGGCCUUUCAGGAAGAAGGGUUACAUUCAUCUCACUACUUAUCUUCGCACUUACAAGGUUGGAGACUAUGUCGAUGUCAAGGUUAAUGGCGCUGUUCACAAGGGAAUGCCCCAUAAGUUCUACCAUGGACGCACUGGUAAGGUCUGGAACGUCACAAAGAGAGCUAUUGGUGUUGAAGUGAACAAGCAGGUCGGAAACAGGAUAAUCAAGAAGCGGAUCCAUGUUAGAGUGGAGCAUGUGCAACCUUCACGGUGCCGUGAAGAGUUCAAGCUGAGGAGAAUCAAGAAUGAUGAGUUGAAGGCAGUAGCAAAGGAGCGUGGUGAGAAGAUAAGCACAAAGAGGCAGCCCAAGGGCCCCAAGCCCGGGUUCAUGGUGGAAGGGGCCACCAUCGAGACUGUGACUCCCAUUCCUUAUGAUGUGGUCAAUGAUCUCAAAGGUGGAUAUUGAUAGUGCCCAUUAUUCAGUUUUGGCCUCUCUCCAUCUCUUCUCCCCUUUUUUUGUUUUUUUCAUUUUUUGUAGGCCUUUAUUUUCGUAAAUUCAGGACUCUCUUGUUUUACUUUUGUCACCUGAUAAGAUUUUGGUAGCACUGGAUGCAAUAUCAUUUUUGUUUUUGAAUUUUUUUUUUCCUAUGCAAAGAUAAUGCGAAGUAACAUACGUUUCUGCAA